UUGCCGAGCGCUUUCUCGCCGCUUGGUCCCGGACUCGCGCGGCGCCGCGAGCCCCCUCCUCCUUCUGCCGCCGCCCUGUUCUCCCGGGAUUCCUUCUCUGCGGACAGACGCUCUGCUGGCGGGAGGCUGAGGUGGGCCAAAGGGGAGCGCCGAGGAGGAGCGGCGGGGGCCGUUCCAGUGACAGCUUGGCGUCGGACGCGGGGCGCGUGGGGCCCCGGCCGCCGAGAAUCUCGCCCACCUUCCCGCGGCCUCCGGGCGGGCGAUGUGGCCGCCGAGAGGAAGGAGGGCGCCCCGGAGAGCCUAGAGCCUGUUCCUGCCCACUUGGGGAAGGGAGCAUGGAGUUGUGAGCGCCCCUCGCUCGGCGAGGCCGCCGCCGGCAGGCUCCCCAUGGCCGGGACGUACAGCUCCACUCUGAAGACGCUGGAGGACUUGACCUUGGACUCCGGGUAUGGGGCCGGGGACUCGUGCCGUUCCCUCAGUCUCUCGUCCUCCAAGUCCAACUCGCAGGCGCUCAACUCCUCGGCGCAGCAGCACCGCGGGGCGGCCUGGUGGUGCUACUCCGGCUCCAUGAACAGCCGCCACAACAGCUGGGACACGGUGAACACGGUGCUGCCCGAGGACCCCGAAGUGGCCGACCUCUUCUCGCGCUGCCCGCGCCUCCCGGAGCUGGAGGAGUUCCCCUGGACGGAGGGAGACGUGGCCCGGGUGCUUCGUAAAGGCGCCGGCGGCCGGCGGCUGCCGCUGUUCUCCGCCGAGGCGGUGCGGCGCCUGGCAGGGCUGCUCCGCAGGGCGCUCAUCCGCGUGGCCCGCGAGGCGCAGCGCCUGAGCGUGCUGCACGCCAAGUGCACCCGCUUCGAGGUGCAGAGCGCCGUGCGCCUGGUGCACAGCUGGGCGCUGGCCGAGAGCUGCGCGCUGGCCGCGGUCAAGGCGCUGUCCCUGUACAGCAUGAGCGCCGGCGACGGGCUGCGCCGCGGCAAGUCGGCGCGCUGUGGCCUCACCUUCUCGGUGGGCCGCUUCUUCCGUUGGAUGGUGGACACCCGCAUCUCCGUGCGCAUCCACGAGUACGCGGCCAUCUCGCUCACCGCCUGCAUGGAGAACCUGGUGGAGGAGAUCCGGGCCAGGGUGCUGGCCAGCCAGAGCCCCGAUGGUGGAGGGGCUGGGGGUGGGGAGGUGUCCGCCGAGGCCCUGGAGAUGGUCAUCAACAACGACGCCGAGCUCUGGGGCGUCCUGCAGCCCUAUGAACAUCUCAUCUGCGGCAAGAACGCCAAUGGUGUCCUCUCCCUCCCCGCGUAUUUCAGUCCUUACAACGGUGGGUCCCUGGGCCACGACGAGCGAGCCGAUGCCUAUGCUCAGCUGGAGCUCCGGACCCUGGAGCAGUCCCUCCUGGCCACCUGUGUGGGAAGCAUUUCAGAGCUGAGUGACCUGGUGUCCCGCGCCAUGCACCACAUGCAGGGGCGCCGCCCGCUCUGCCCGGGCUCCAGCCCCGCCCGCCAGGCCCGCCAGCCGCCCCAGCCCAUCACCUGGUCCCCUGAUGCCCUCCACACGCUCUACUACUUCCUGCGCUGUCCACAGAUGGAGUCCAUGGAGAACCCCAACCUGGACCCCCCAAGGAUGGCCCUGAACAACGAACGGCCCUUCAUGCUGCUGCCGCCGCUGAUGGAGUGGAUGCGCGUGGCCAUCACCUACGCAGAGCACCGCCGCAGCCUCACCGUGGACAGCGGCGACAUCCGGCAGGCCGCCCGGCUGCUGCUGCCUGGCCUGGACUGUGAGCCCCGCCAGCUCAAACCCGAGUGCUGCUUCAGCUCCUUCAGGAGGCUGGACGCCCGAGCAGCCACCGAAAAAUUCAACCAGGACCUGGGCUUCCGCAUGCUCAACUGUGGCAGGACAGACCUCAUCAACCAGGCCAUCGAUGCCCUGGGCCCAGACGGGGUGAACACUAUGGACGACCAGGGUCUGACGCCGCUGAUGUACGCCUGCGCAGCCGGGGAUGAGGCAAUGGUCCAGAUGCUGAUUGAUGCGGGAGCGAACUUGGACAUCCAGGUUCCAAGCAACUCUCCCAAGCACCCCUCCAUCCACCCCGACAGCCGGCACUGGACCUCGCUGACGUUCGCUGUGCUGCAUGGACACAUCUCUGUGGUGCAGCUGCUGCUGGAUGCCGGGGCCCACGUGGAGGGCUCAGCGGUGAGUGGCGGUGAGGACAGCUACACGGAGACCCCCCUGCAGCUGGCCUCUGCAGCUGGGAACUAUGAGUUGGUCAGCUUGUUGCUGAGCCGAGGCGCUGACCCCCUGCUCAGCAUGCUCGAAGCCAAUGGCAUGGCCUCCUCCCUCCAUGAGGAUAUGAACUGCUUCAGCCACUCGGCCGCCCAUGGUCACAGGAACGUCCUGAGGAAGCUCCUGACGCAGCCCCAGCAGGCCAAAGCAGACGUGCUGUCCCUGGAGGAGAUCCUGGCCGAGGGCGUGGAGGAGAGUGACGCCUCCAGCCACGGCAGCAGCAGCGAGGGGCCCGUGCGGCUGAGCCGGACCCGCACGAAGGCCCUGCAGGAGGCCAUGUACUACAGCGCCGAGCACGGCUACGUGGACAUCACCAUGGAGCUGCGGGCGCUGGGUGUCCCCUGGAAGCUGCACGUGUGGAUCGAGUCUCUAAGGACCUCCUUCUCCCAGUCGCGCUACUCAGUGGUGCAGAGCCUCCUGCGGGACUUCAGCUCCAUCAAGGAGGAGGAGUACAACGAGGAGCUGGUGACCGAGGGCUUGCAGCUCAUGUUCGACAUCCUUAAGACCAGCAAAAACGACGCCGUCACGCAGCAGCUGGCCGCCAUCUUCACACACUGCUACGGCAGCAGCCCGGUGCCCAGCAUUCCCGAGAUCCGCAAGACGCUGCCCGCCCGGCUGGAUCCUCACUUUCUGAACAACAAGGAGAUGUCCGACGUGACCUUCCUGGUGGAAGGAAAGCUCUUUUAUGCACACAAGGUCCUGCUGGUGACGGCUUCUAACAGGUUCAAGACGCUGAUGACCAAUAAAUCAGAACAAGAUGGCGACGGCGGCAAAACCAUCGAGAUCAGUGACAUGAAGUACCACAUUUUCCAGAUGAUGAUGCAGUAUCUGUACUAUGGAGGGACAGAAGCCAUGGACAUCCCAGCCGCCGACAUCCUGGAGCUGCUCUCGGCUGCCAGCCUGUUCCAGCUGGAUGCCCUGCAGAGACACUGCGAGAUCCUGUGCUCUCAGACCCUCAGUGUGGAGAGCGCCGUGAACACCUACAAGUACGCCAAGAUCCACAAUGCCCCUGAACUGGCCCUGUUCUGUGAAGGCUUCUUCCUCAAGCACAUGAAGGCCCUGCUCGAGCAGGACUCCUUCCGGCAGCUCAUCUACAGCCGCAACAGCAAGGUGCAGGGCCUGGACCCCCUGCAGGACCUACAGAGCACCCUGGCCGAGCGUGUGCACUCUGUCUACAUCACCUCUCGGGUCUGAGGGCAGUGGGGGCGCAGCAGGGCGGCACAGCCUGCCGCCUUUGG